ACCUGCUGGAGAAGUUCGGUACAACACGGAGAACACGGCGCCAUAUUAGACGGACAUUACACUGCUGCGGAGGAAGUGUGCUCCAGAUGAUUAGCUGCCCAGACAGCGGUAGUCAGGCCACUAAACACGUACGCAGCCGCUUUAUGGUCGACAACAACUAGGUGAACAGAGCAUCUCGGACAGCGGAGUCCGAGGCGUGUUGUUUCGCUCGUUGUUUGCUAAGUUGCCGGCAGAGAUGACUUCCUUGACUCAGCGCAGUUCAGGCCUCGUGCAGCGGCGGACUGAAGCCUCGCGCAACACCGCUGACAAAGAGCGCCUGUCCGGCCAGGAGGAGGACGAGCCGCGGCGGGGAGACGAGCCGGACGACGACGACAGCGGAGACUCCAAAGAAACACGGCUCACCCUAAUGGAAGAGGUUCUGUUGCUGGGGCUGAAGGACCGGGAGGGCUACACUUCGUUCUGGAAUGACUGCAUCUCUUCGGGUUUACGAGGGUGCAUGUUGAUUGAACUGGCCCUACGAGGACGUCUUCAACUGGAGGCUUGUGGCAUGAGGAGGAAAAGUCUGCUGUCCAGGAAGGUGAUUUGUAAAUCAGAUGCUCCAACAGGUGAUGUGCUCCUGGAUGAAGCCUUAAAACACAUCAAAGACACCCAGCCACCGGAGACUGUGCAGAGCUGGAUUGAACUGCUCAGUGGAGAGACAUGGAAUCCUCUGAAGCUUCAUUAUCAAUUGAGAAAUGUGCGUGAACGGCUGGCAAAAAACUUGGUAGAAAAGGGCGUCCUCACUACUGAGAAGCAGAACUUCCUCCUCUUUGACAUGACCACACAUCCUCUGACCAACAACAACAUCAAGCAGCGGCUCAUCAAGAAGGUUCAGGAGGCUGUUCUGGAAAAGUGGGUCAAUGACCCGCAUCGAAUGGACAAGCGGCUACUCGCACUCAUCUACUUAGCCCAUUCAUCGGACGUCCUGGAAAAUGCCUUUGCUCCACUGCUAGAUGACCAAUAUGACCUGGCCAUGAAAAGAGUGCGGCAGCUGCUGGAACUAGAGCCCGAGGGAGAAAGCAUGAAGACCAACUCCAACGAGCUGUUAUGGGCUGUGGUGGCUGCUUUCACCAAAUGAGGCUACAGCAAGCUGUUGUGGCAUUUCAGUGGCAUUGUACGUUGGGGUGUGAUUCUGCGUCAUGGCCCCGAUGUGUUGACUUGACUGACUUAUAUUUUCCCCCUGCCUGGAAUUUUGGAAUUGGCUGCUCUUUUUCCUUCCAGAUUACUAUCCUUGUUGAUUUCUCAUUGCCCUGUUUUUCCGUAUAUCAUAUUUCUAUGUUUGCUUAAACAAAAAGAGCAGACAAGAAAACACGUAAAUGAACGUGACCUUAUGAAUGAGGCCUAAAAGGUGUUGAUUCAUCUUUUUUAAAUUUAGUUUUUUAGAGGUACGGCACACAUUACUGCAGGUACCAUCCUGACUCACCUUAACAAUACAUUACACAAUGUGAUGUAUGUGUAAGCAUGGAGGUAGUCAUGCUGUAUAGGAAGGUUAGCUCAUGAUCCUGACCAAUCUAUAACUAGAUGUCCUCUUCGAUCCAGAUAGGAUCAAAGUGUAUGGAUAUGGUGCAUUUGGUGUCACAGGAUCUUUGAUUAUAUAUCAAGUACUGUGAGAACAUUCAAAACUCAGAGCAUACUACCUAGUACUGUCAUCAUUUUUACUCAGUUGCCUCCCCAUCCAUCCCUUUCUUCCAUUACUUGCUCCUGCUGUGCAGGGACACUGGGGGAAUUUUCUCAUUCCAUACUGUCCCAUGGUGUCCCACUCCUGACAUUUCUCUUCCUUCAUCAUUUUGGCCUAGAGACGUGUGAAACGUCCUUUUUUGUUAUGAGCUCAAACACAUCUUGUAGCUUAUAAGCUAAAGAACUAACCUGUGUGGGUUUGUAUGUUGGUUAUUUGGAUCUCAGCCAAACAGUAGUUCGUGAAACCACAAAUCAAAAGCCAAAACACAGUCAUUAGACAGUCUGUUAAUUUUCUAUGUAAAAUAGGAAUUUGUUAUUUUGGCACAAAUUUCAAAAACAUGAAUUGGCAGGAAGACAUGAAAUAUGAAUAUACUAAAAAUGACUGAAGCUCUAAUUUUCCCUGGCCAAUAAUUUGUUAUUCAUAAUGAAACACAACAUUGCCUUGAAUAAUACAGCUGAGUGUGUUAAAACACAGGAACCUUUCAUGGCAGCAACAGACUCAGGAAAGCAGAGCCAUGCCUUCUCCCUCUUUUAGCUGAAUUCAAACUGAUUAAUGGGAGCCAUCUGUGCCCAGUGCAACAUCAAGGACCUGGAUUUGGUUUAGAAGACAUGAAAUCUUCGAGGCAUUCAUACAGUAAAGUCAGUCCUGACACUUUAAAAUAUAUAACUAAAAAUCAGCUGCAGUUAAUGCACAUCUAUAAAAAAAUAGUGAUCUAAUAUAUUGUCUGAAUUCAACACAAAAGUCAUUUGACAAGACAUUGGAGCUGUCUUCAUUUUAGACGUUUGUGUUCUGUAAUAGAUCCUAAUAUCAAUCAAUCAAUAAGUGUCCAAAUAAAAUUUAAAUAGCUGGGUAAGCUAGGCUAGCAGGUCCCACCUGCUUCCAGUCACACCCCUCACUGUAUUAGUUGCACAGUCAUCUGCGGCCAGCGUGGGCUCAGUGACGGUGAAUUUCCCAAACAUUAGCUCAUGCUUUAAUGUGCAGACGGUCUGUUAAACUGAUCACUUUGAAGAAUUUUGUUGAAUCAAAGCAUGGCUCUCAUUUUGAAAGUAUAUGUAUAUAUACGUGUGUAUUUGUAUCAGGACGUUUUCUCACAGGUGCACCAUCAACAUUCCAAAAGAUCAUGAUGGAAGUUGUGCUCUAAACAUCCAAUGAAGCCUUUUCACUGUCAAUCAUGCUACACAUUCUAUACUUGCCUCAACUUUGAUUUCUUGUCUCAACAUUUGUUUAAGUAUUCUUUGUUUUAACACCUUUUGCUACUCAACCUCAUGGAUUUUGUGGCGAGCAUUGCUUUAUUUACAUAGCCUCUUUAAGAUAUUGUAUGUAGCAGUGGGCUGGGACUGAUUAGUCAGUGACUGGGGAGAAGAGGUGAGCAAGAGAUUCAUGCAUCUGAACAUCACCUAUUGCAGACUGAAUGAGAGAUUAUAUGUUAUCUAAAUAAAGGGACCUCUAAUCUG